AUGACAGGGAACGAUGCGAGCGGCUCGAGCUCGACGCCGUUAGUCCAUUCCGCCGUCGAAUUCGCGAAGCAAGCACAGAAACUAUCGCAUAAGCACCCAGAGGAGGACGACUCAAAGGAUGUCGCCGCCGAGGCCCUCUUCGUCACGCCUCGAGACCCCGUCGUUGCCACGACCGAUGGACACCGGUUGCCAGGGGUCCCACUGGAAGAGGCGCACAAACUGAACAUCCUGAAGGAGGAACUGGAGCAUGAUCAGCCCGCAAUCACGCGGGGCAGUACAGACGAGACUCUUCAAACCCACGGCUCCCACGACCCCAGCGAGCCGCACAAAGUAGUCAAAGUCCCCUCCGUGCGCAAUGGGAAUUCGGUGCAAAAGUCGUCUGAGGGCUCCUUGCGUCGAGCCAUGCCGCCCUCGCACACCAACCCGCUCUUUCCCCCGCUGCCGCUAUACGGGCCCUCGUCGAUACUACGAAAUAUCCAUUGCGCGGCUUUCCGAGUUUCCUCCUUCUUCUUGAGCCUGUCGUUCCUGGGAGUUAUCGUACUAGGUUCACUCUUUACCACCAUCCCGCUCGUCGUCAAGAACACCUUGCUGAGACUCACGUUUCAGAAUCCGGAUAAAGCCCGGCCGUUUUACGAGGAGGAAAUCCGUCAACGGGACGCCAGGAGAGAGGAGGAGCGAAAGUGGAAGCGUCGCGCCUCGAAUCAAGAGCGACGUUUGACCGAUAACGACACGCUCGAUGACGAGGGUUAUCUUCCCACGGAGGGUGGCCCUGACCCGAUCAAGUGCGAUGUGGGCUAUUACGCGCGACGGGUCGGCCUUGAUGUUGAGGAAUUCGAGGUACAGACCGAGGACGGAUUCAUUAUCGAUCUGUGGCACGUCUAUGACCCUCGCGAAUAUGAGGAGCUAGAUGCCAAGGAGCGCCUACCGCGGGGUCCCGAUCCCUUCACGGGGGAGAGGCGGCGAACCAGGGCAUUGAAAAACGCUGACGCGCCGCGGAAAUACCCAGUAUUGCUCAUCCACGGCCUGCUGCAGUCAGCCGGGGCGUACUGCGUGAACGACGACCAGUCGCUCGCCUUCUGGCUGUGCAAGUCCGGAUACGACGUCUGGCUCGGCAACAACCGCUGCGGGUUUAAGCCGAAGCACGUGCUGCUGGACUACUCCGACCCGCGAAUGUGGUGCUGGAAUAUCCGGCAGAUGGGCGUCUUCGACUUGCCUGCGCUAACAUCUCGUGUGCUAUUCGAGACUGGUUUCUCAAAGAUCGGUCUAAUAGCCCACUCCCAGGGCACAACCGAGACCUUCGUCGCCUUGGCGAAGGAGCAGAGGCCGGAGCUCGGGGAGAAGCUUUCUGUGUUCUGCGCCCUGGCGCCAGCUGCCUACGCGGGCCCGUUGAUUGGGAAGAUGUAUUUCAAAUUUAUGCGUGUCAUCACUCCGGCCAUGUUCCGGAUGAUGUUUGGUAUUCAUGCUUUUAUACCAUUUAUGCUGACCAUGCAUGGGAUGUUGCCUGGGAGGAUAUACGGGUGGCUGGGCUACAAGGUUUUCUCAUUCCUGUUCGACUGGACGGACACCAGGUGGGACCGGGGCCUCAGGAACAGAUUCUUUCAGUUUGCUCCUGUCUACGUCAGUGCAGAAUCGAUGAGAUGGUGGUUAGGGCGCGAGUGUUUUGCGAAGCAUAAAUGCAUUCUCGCCACAAAGGAAGAAUGGCGCGCCGAAGAGCUUGAGGACGAGGACGAGUCUCAGAACCCAGUUGCCACCGUGCCCCCUGAGGUCCACACAAACGAACCACGUUCACCGACCCACCGAGCCCGCCACCACCACCGAAGGCCGAAAGGAUCUUCUGCGUGGUACAACUCGCAGAGCCCACCGAUGGCACUGUGGGUCUGCGGCCGCGACAACCUGGUGGACGGGAAUAAGCUCCUGCGUCGCUUCGAGCGGGGCCGCGAGCCUCACGCGCGCCUAGUGCACAGCAAGGUGAUCCCGGAGUACGAGCAUCUAGACGUCAUAUGGGCGAUGGAUGCCGAGGAGGAAGUGUUUCAGGAGGUUAGAGAGACGCUCUGGCGGACAUGCCCUGAGAACGAACGGGCGAGGUGCCGGGUGCCCAAGGGAUGUGAAGAUGUCGAGCAGUGGGUAGACGAUCGGAAGACAGGGGAGGACACAGGGCUCAACGACGAGGCAUCUGCCGGCAUCGAGGGUGGGAGGGAAGUGGCUGGUGAGAGCGGGACUGGCAGCAGCAGCGAAGAGUUAACGACGGAGUAA